GCAGAUCAGAAGCAGAGCACUUAGAAAGCUGCCGGCACUCACAGAUUAUCCAAGAUGAGUUCCAAACUUCUGGUGAUCGUGAUCGUCCUCGCCCUAGUCUACGAUGCGCAGGCGGCUCCAAGCAGAAGAUCUCGUGCUGCAGCCAUAGAAGACACCAACAGAGAGAGUAAACUAGAAGAGAAGUACAAGACGACGACCACAGAAGCACCGAAGCGCAACAGCAGACGUAACAAAGCGCUCAACUUAUUUGGAUACUUCCCUCCUUUCCUGUCUUCCAGCCUGGACUACGCUGAAGAUGACGACGACGAUAUCACCUUCUCAGUCAACGACGACAAUUUUGAUGGAGAAGAUCUCUCCAGAACGAUUCCGUCCAAACGCCGCCAGCAGAACAAGCACAAGAAUGGGAACCAAGAUGCCUACUCCAAUGAUAGACUGAAUUCUUUGCAAUAUGAUAACUCCCCCAUCUUCUACAUACGACUUCCCCCUACCCCGUAUAUGUUCGUUCCUGGAUUAGGGUAUGUGUCGCAGCCACCGAGUCUAGGACCUCCCAUGCCUCCAAUGAUGCCAAACCCAGCGCAGGACCCCUUCAUAAACUUGCCUCUUGACUUCGUCUCGAAUGGAAAACCGACUGGAGUGUACCAGUGGAGCGGGGCUGGUUUCCCACCGUCCCCCCCAGUGGAUCCGUACUAUGGUGGAGGUCAGCCCAUGAUGCCUUCGCGUCCGAGCUACAACGGCUACAAGCCCAAACCCAAGCCGGCUCCGAGCAACUCCAAGAUAACCAACCUCAAAGGACCCUACGUCUUCAACGGCAAACCUGGGGACAGCGUUUACGUUUUGAGGGAUACCUACAACUCUAUAUACUCGGAUGCUCUACAAAACUUCUAUCCUUAAGUUCUCUUGUGUCUUAUGCGUGGCUCGUAUCGAGUCGGUAGGAUAAUAGUUACAAAAUGUAACAUCUUACCCAAUAGCAUACAAGAUUUUAGGAGAGACAAAUAUCCAUAUUUGAUGUUUUAGUGUACUAAAAUCAAUUGCAUUUGGGUAAGAUAAUUUUGUCACAAUAUAAAAUAAAAGUUAGGUGAUGAAAACGUACUACGUAGUACAUAAAAUUACCUUUUUUAUAGAGA